AUGCGCACGCCCGCGUUUCUCCUCGCCGUCGUCCUCGUCGCCAUCGCCCACGUCUCCGCCGCCGCCGCCGCGUCCGCCGCACCAAAGUGCCGCAAACUCGCCCUGCGCCAGGAAUGGCGCACCCUCGCCCCCGAGCACCAGGAAGCCUGGCUCGCGGGCGUCAAGUGCCUCGCGUCGAUCCGCCACCAGCGCCUCUCAUUCACCGCCCAGGGCGAGCGCCUCCCCGGCGCCCACUCCCUCUACGAUGACUUUGCCUUCACCCACAACGCGCUCGACCACUCGGCCCACCAGAACGCCUAUUUUCUGCCGUGGCAUCGUUGGUUCGUACACCUCUUCGACACCUCCCUCCGCGAGAAAUGCGGCUACACCGGGCCCACGCCCUACUGGGACUGGACCCUCGACGUCGCCGCGCUCGCCGCCUCCCCGAUCUUCUCCGCGCACCCGACCCGCGGACUCGGCACCACCGGCGACUGCACAGACGCGACGACCGACUGCCUCGUGCGCGACGGCGCGCUCGCGGCACCCGCGUCCGGCUUCGCGCUGUCGUACCCCGUCCCGCAUGGCCUCCGACGCAACCUCUCGCUCUUCCCCGAGGCCGAGAACGACCCCGCCCCCGCCCCCGCCCCCGCCACCGACCCCGCCGCCCCGCCGUCCCCGCGCCCGCGUGCGCGUGAGCUGGAGAGGCGCGCGCUGGAGAUGCCGAUCAACACGACGCUGACGCCCACGCGCGUCGCGGCGGCGCUGCGCGAUUCGGCGCCGGGCGACUUCUUCCGGUUCCAGUACCGCAUGACGCAGGCGCACAACCGCGUGCACGAGUUCGUCGGCGGGGACAUGGACGCGGAGUGUCCCGCCGUCGUGCCCGAGCCGCAGUGCACGGGCUCGUAUUCGUCGAACGAUCCGGUUUUUUGGCUCCACCACACGCAGCUCGACCGCCUCUGGUCCACCUGGCAAGCCGCACACCCCGCCAACGCGCGCGCGUUCUCCGGCGUGCCGCUGCACACGCACAACGCGUCCGACCCGCGGUACGACGCGGCCGCGAGCGCGCAGCACGUGCUCGCGUUCGACCGGCUGUCGGUCGGCGUGCCGGUGUACGAGACAUUCGACCACGCCGCGCCGCCGUUCUGCUACGAGUAUCCGCCAUACGCGUAUCCGACGCCCGCGGAUCGCGACGCGGACACGGACGCGGAGGCGCUCAGGUCUGAGUAG